AUGUUUAUGCUCCGCAACGUGGGCAAAUUUCUUUUCGGUGAUACCUCGAAAGAGUCUAUCAUCGAGAUUCCUCAGGGCCAGCUGUACUUGGUCCGACCCCUCUCCCCCAAGGGCUAUUCGGAGCUCAUCUUCAAAGACGCGGCGGCGACGAUCCGACGAACUGGCCAGGAAUUUCAAUACCAGCUGGUAAUCCAGAGAGCCUACGAGGAAGGCGAGGAGGACCUCGCAGACGAUGAGGAUGAGCAGGGAGCCGCGGACGGGCUGGACAAAGACGAGAAGGUUUUCCUGCUCGACCAGUCUCUGCACUUCCGCUCCGAGGUUCGCGAGGGUGGUGUGAAGAUUCUCGCCUGGGAUGACCUGAGUGGUGACGAGGGUGAUCUCUUCGAGUUCAUUUGCGACUCUUCGGUGCCUUCCGACAAAGUCGCCACCUUUGAGCUUGCUGCCCUGCAGUGCCAGUACGAGCGGAAAUUCCGUCGCACCGCGCAGAAAGCCACCGAGGAGGAACUCCAGCAGUUUUCCUACGAGGAAGAAGAGCCCAUCCCGUCUGCGAGCCCUGUCGCUUCGCCCACAUCCAAGUCGCGUGCUCAGUCCCUGACCUCUGGCGAUUCUGCCGCGGCGAUGGCGCAAGACGUGAGGUAUGCCCAAUCUAAGGGCCACAUGAAGGCUGCUGCCGAAGAUGAGGAACCUACUGUAGCUCCACCCUCUGCAGCCCGGCCAGAGUCCAAGGAAAUUCUGACCAAGGAACGGGCUGAGCUUCACCUUUUCGAUUUCCCGACCGGAACGUUCGUGUUGCAGGAUUCCGAAGUCAUUGCGACCGUGUCCGAAAUUGGGAACUGGCAAUACUGGCUCCAGAUCACCGGCAACGAAAAGGAAUGGCUCGGCCAGGCUGUUGUCGGAGAUAUCAACCCUGUCUUCAACUUCGAAUAUCUUUCAUUUAUCUUCAACCACUACGCUGAAGACGGAUCGGCCUACUCAUGGCUUCUUCGUUUCAAGGACCAGACUUCGGAAGAGCGCUUCCAAGAAGGUCUGAUGCAGGCUCUGUGGGAGCAGCUUAACGAGAUGAAGUGGACCAAGGUCAAGGAGAAUGAUCGAGAAUAUGUGCUGGACGCUUUCCAAGACCUCACUAUGGAAGAUGCCGACGACCAGCCUGAGCAGGAAGAAGAGGAGGAAGAGGAAGAGGAGGAAGAAACCGACCAAGACGACGGUCAACGUAGCGAGCACUAUGAUAGCGACGAGGAGGAAGACGACGUUGUCACUCGCGAUCAGGAUGGCAAUGUUAACUCUCAACUGGCUGUUGGCUACAAGCAUGAUCGCUCGUUCGUUGUUCGUGGUUCCAAGAUCGGUGUUUUCAAGCACACCCCCAACAACAACCUUGAGUUCUCGACCAACAUCUCUAAAGUGGAAACACCAAAUGGCAAGCUUUUCAGCCCAAAGAAGGUUAUGCUGCAUGCAGAGGAUCGCAACAUGAUUCUUCAAAAUAGCGAUGACCCCAAUUCUCUGUUCAAGAUGGAUCUGGAGUAUGGCAAGGUUGUCGAUGAGUGGAAGGUUCACGAUGAUAUUCCAGUCGAGACCUUUGCCCCUGAGAACAAAUUCUCCCAGAUGACUUCUGCUCAACCCUUCGUUGGCGCAUCCAAGAAUGCCUUGUACCGCAUUGAUCCUCGUGUUUCAGGAAACAAGCUCGUUGAUACCGAUCUGAAACAAUAUGCUAGCAAGAACGACUUUUCCGCUAUGGCUACUACCGAGAAGGGAUAUCUGGCUGUUGCCUCCAACAAAGGUGACAUUCGCAUGUUUGACCGCUUGGGUAUCAACGCAAAGACCCACAUCCCAGCUCUCGGAGAGCCAAUCAUCGGUCUUGAUGUGUCUGCUGACGGUCGCUGGGUCCUUGCGACCUGCCGUACUUACCUCCUUCUGAUUGACUCGUUGCAAAAGGAUGGCAAGAACGAAGGCAAGCUCGGCUUCGAGAAGUCGUUUGCCAAGGACGCGAAGCCCCAGCCCCGUCGCCUUGGUCUGCAGCCGGCACAUGUGGCACAAUUCCAGCACGAGACCAAGCAGCCGCUGUCAUUCACUCCUGCUCGCUUCAAUACCGGUGUUGACUCCGAGGAAACUUCAAUCAUCACCGCAACUGGUCCUUUCAUCAUUACCUGGGGCCUGAAGAAGAUUAUCGCUGGUCGUAAGGAUCCCUACACAAUCAAGCGAUACGAAGAGAACGUCAUGGCAGACAACUUCCGCUACGGCUCUGACAAGAACGUGAUCGUUGCCUUGCCCAAUGAGGUCAACAUGGUUGCCAAACGCAGCUUCCAGAAGCCCACUCGUGAAAGUAUUGCCGGCCCUAUCACCCCAAAACGUGGCCGUAGUGGCAGGUUCAGCCACCUGGGAAGAAACGACAUUGUCAACUCCCCAUACUAA